GACCAAUCAUGAAUACUUCCAUAUUUCUGUAUUAAACUAAUAAUGGAUUAUGCAACCGCAUGAAACACAGGAAAUUGCUUAACCAUAGCUUUUUCAUUCGCAAAGAGAGAGGUUAUGAGUUUUUUGGAAGCGGCAGAGAAAGUGAUAACACAGAGGGAAAGCUCCAUGGAAGGCAGAGCAGAGAGCUUGGAAAAGGGUUUGUUAAGAAAAGUGGAAGAAGAAGAAGAAGAAGAAGAAGAAGAAGAAGAAAGAUGGUUUUCCUGGGAUUUGUUUGUUGAAGUUAAAAGAUUAGGAUACAUUGCAGGACCUAUGGUGGCUGUGAAUUUAUCACAGUACUUUCUACAAAUCAUUUCCGUUAUGAUGGUUGGUCAUUUGGGCAGGCUUUCGCUUUCUGGCACUGCUAUUGCAGUCUCUUUCUCUGCUGUUUCUGGCUUCAGUCUUCUAUUUGGAAUGUCAAGUGCACUGGAAACGCUAUCGGGGCAAGCAUAUGGAGCUAAGCAAUAUCGGCAACUAGGAAUCCAAAUGAACACUGCAAUUUUCUCUUUAAUCUUGGUCUGUUUUCCUUUGUCUGUCUUGUGGAUCUACAUGGAAAAUUUACUUGUAUACAUGGGCCAAGACCCUCUAGUUUCACAAAAAGCAGGCAAAUUCACAAUGUGGCUCAUCCCUGCACUCUUUGCUUAUGCAACUCUUCAGCCACUCGUUAAGUAUUUUCAGACUCAAAGUUUGAUUGUUCCAUUGCUCGUAAGCUCCUCUGCUUCGCUUUUAACCCAUAUACCUCUCUGUUGGGUUCUAGUAUUCAAGUCUGGAUUAGGACAUGUUGGAGCAGCUUUAGCCAUUGGGAUCUCAUAUUGGUUGAAUGUUGUAUUACUUGCAUUAUACAUGAGAUUUAGCCCUGCUUGUGAAACCACCUGUGUUUCAAUUUCUUUGGAGAUCUUUCAAGGAAUCGGAGAGUUUUUGCGCUUCGCUAUUCCUUCCGCUGUAAUGAUUUGCCUUGAAUGGUGGUCAUUUGAGCUGCUUACUUUGCUGUCUGGUUUUCUGCCAAAUCCGGAGCUUGAAACUUCAGUUCUCUCUGUAUGUUUGUCAACUCUCUCAUCACUUUUCACAAUACCAGAAGGACUUGGUGCAGCUGGAAGCACUCGAGUUUCGAAUGAACUAGGCGCAGGAAACCCACGAGCAGCUCGAGUAGCUGUAGCUGCUGUGAUGUUUCUAGCAGUUUCAGAAGCAGUUUUGGUAAGCUCAACUCUGUUUGCAGGGAAACAUGGUUUUGGCUACAUUUUCAGCAAUGAGAAAGAUGUUGUGGAUUAUGUGACAGCCCUGGCUCCUCUGGUUUCUCUAUCUGUCAUACUUAACAGUUUUCAUGGGGUCCUUUCAGGUAUUGCUAGGGGAUGUGGAUGGCAGGAUUUAGGAGCAUAUGUCAACCUUGGUGCCUUCUAUCUUUUUGGAAUUCCAAUUGCUGCCAUUUUGGGUUUCUGGUUUGAUUUGAGAGGAAAAGGUCUAUGGAUUGGAAUCCUAGUUGGUUCUUUCUUGCAAGUGUUUAUGCUCUCUGUUAUAACCAGUUGUACAAACUGGGAGAAUAAGGCAACGAAGGCAAGGGAGAGGAUGUUUGAGGGAAGACUUGAAUAGAUAAUUGAUUAUCUGUGGAUCAUGGAGCAGAGAAUUUUGGAACUAUAAUGAAAUAAUUAAUAGCUCAUUUCAAUCACACUCUCAUACAUCAUAUAACUCAUGCCGGCAUGAUUUUGGCACAUGGUCUUCAGUUGUAUCGGGGCUGUCAUUAUCUAAACAAACAAUGAUGUUAUGAUUGGAUUAUUUCUUUUUUGUAUAUAUCCUCAUCUUAUGUGCAUUUAAAGGGAAGAAAAGUAUCUAAGGUUCUGUUUGGUUA